AUGAAGAGGGUAAAUAGCUGUGUGAAGGAUGAAGAACAUGUCCUGGAGGAACUGGAAACAGAAGGUGAGAGGCAGCUGAAGAGCCUCCUUCAACAUCAACUCGAUACCUCUGUCUCCAUUGAAGAAUGUAUCUCUAAGAAAAAGAGCUUUGCGCCUGGGACUAUGUACAAGGCCUUUGGGAAGGAAGCAGCUGGGACAAUGACUUUGUCCCAGUUCCAGACACUACAUGAAAAAGACCAGGAAACUGCUUCUCUCAGGGAAUUAGGGCUCACUGAAACUGAAAUAUUGAUCUGGAAAAGCCAUGUUUCUGGUGAAAAGAGGACAAGGCUGAGGGCCACUCCCGAAGCAAUACAGAAACGGCUUGAAGAUAUUAAAGUCUCAGAGCGCCAGCGCAUCCUUUGCCUGCCACAGAGGUUUUCAAAGAGCAAACAGCUGACCCGAAGAGAAAUGGAAAUUGAGAAGUCUUUAUUUCAGGGAACUGAUGGUCACUCCUUCCUUAAGGCUCUUUAUUACCAAGAUGAACCCCCAAAGAAGAACAAAGGUGAUCCCAUGAACAACCUGGAACAUUUUUACCACGAGACUAUAAUGAAAAAACGUCUUGAAGAGUUCCAACUUUUGAGAGGUGAACCCUUUGCUUCCCACUCACUGGUUUCAGCUGCAUCAGUGAGUGGGAGUGGCACAGCUGAGAACCCAUCACUCCUCCAGGACAAGGGAAAACAGGCAGCACAGGGUAAAGGCCCCAGUCUCCAUGUGGCAAAGGUUAUUGAUUUUCCAACUGAGCAAUAUUGGACUGGGCCUAAGACGCUGAAGCAACCAAUAGAAUCUAUCCCAGAAGAUGAGAUCCAGAGAAAUCGUUUGUCAGAGGAGGAGAUCCGAAACAUUCCUAUGUUUUCUUCAUAUAAUCCAGGGGAACCAAACAAGGUGCUAUAUCUGAAGAACCUUAGUCCUCGGGUGAAAGAAAGAGACCUUACCUCAUUAUUCGCUCGAUUCCAGGAGAUAAAAGGACCACCCAUUCAGUUCCGAAUGAUGAAUGGACGCAUGAGGGGACAAGCUUUCAUCACCUUUCCCAAUAAAGACAUAGCAUGGCAAGCACUGCACCAAAUUAAUGGAUAUAAACUCUAUGGGAAAAUAUUGGUGAUAGAGUUUGCAAAGAGCAAAAAGCUACAGUCAGCUGUUCAGCAUGCUUCCCUUAUAACAUCUGCUACAGAUGGCAGAACAGAAAUCAAUGGUAGUUAGAAAUUCAUAUCUAC